GCACGGUGCCACCACUGCCGUUCGAGCGAACCGCCGCCGCGUUGCUGGCCCUCUCAGUCGCGACGCGCUCGUCACGGGGUGCAGAUCGUACGCCGUUCGUCGCCUCGACGCCCUCCGUCGCGCGCAGCACGCGCUUCUCACGCGGACAGUACACCCGCCGGUACGUCGCACGGCGUUUGUUCGCGAGCGGCAUUCGUAUCCGUAAAAAAAAAACGCGCGAUCUCGUCGCCGGGAACCGUCGCAAGCAACGUCGUCGCCGUCGUGAUCGUUGUCGUCGCGUUUCGAAAGGUGGUUCGUUGGUGGUGGGUGGUUGACACAAAGUGAAGCCUGACUUUUUUCCCUCUCUCUCGGACAAAAAAAAACGCUUCCUCAACGUGAAGGACACACUUCGGACUAGACUAAAGUUAAGUGGCAGCAGCUAGCGACUGUAAGGAAAAAGAGAGAAAAAGGGAGAGAGAGAGAGAGAGAGAGCAGAAGGAUCAAGUGUGUGCCGCGUGGUGCAUCGAAGUAGGGACGUGAUUUCCCCUUCCCCCUCACCCUCUAGGGACUAUCCUGAUCCCUUGGGAGAGACUCCCCGGUCGUGUAUGAUGUUUCGUUGGGGGAGACAAGGCGAACUCUAACUCUUUUUUUUUUUUCCUUUCGAAAGCGGGCGCGGGAGUGGAUCGGAGAGUGCUCGAGUGCGGUGUAUUCCGGGCCACGUUUCGGAGCUAGGCUAAAAGAUGCUCGACCGCGACGUCCCAGCGGGACGAUGACGCCCGUGUCGGUUCGCGUCUGACAGAUCCGCGCCACGUUGCCACGAGGCGCGCGGAUAAAAGCUCUCUCGCACUCUCCCCCCGCGACGUUUCGCGCGGACAUCUGGAGGUUUUGCGUGUGGCUGUGCAUGUGUGUGUUGCAGAUGCGGCCUCGUUGCUGAUACGAUCUAGCCGUGAAGCCGUUGCCGAGAAGCCGGGUCGAGACGCACCACGAGGAGGAGACUAGAGAGCAAGAGAGAAAGAGAGAGAAACGGAGCGGACAAGGAAGAGGAAGGUGGAAAGGAAGAAAGGGAGACUCACCUAGAGAAUUAGAGGAGAAAGAGGAAACAAAUAGGAACUGCAUUAUGACGCAACAAAGCGGAGCUGGGUCACCCCAGCAGUUCUGCCUGCGCUGGAACAAUUAUCAGACCAAUCUGACCAACGUCUUCGAUCAGCUCCUACAGAGCGAAAGCUUCGUGGACGUGACCCUGGCCUGCGACGGGCACAGCGUCAAGGCCCACAAGAUGGUCCUGUCGGCCUGCAGCCCGUACUUUCAGGCGCUCUUCUUCGACAAUCCCUGCCAGCAUCCGAUAGUCAUCAUGAAGGACAUCAAAUGGCCGGAGCUCAAGGCCGCGGUCGAGUUCAUGUACAAGGGCGAGAUCAACGUCUCCCAGGAACAGAUCGGGCCGUUACUCAAGGUCGCGGAGAGCCUCAAGAUCCGCGGCCUCGCGGACGUUAACAGCGAGCAGGAGCUGACGUCCAGGCCGACCCUCGAGGAGGUCGCGACCGCGGCCCUGCAACGGAAGAAGCGCCGCCGGAUGUCCGGCGAGCGUUCGCCGACCGGCACCAGCCCGGAACGCGUUGGCUCCGGUAGCAUCGGCCCCGACGAUCAGGACAUGAUCGGCGCCAACAUUGUCGUCCCCGAGAUUCACAGCAUGGUGCCGUCGACCGCCAGCUCGACCCCGAGGUCCCUCGGCUCGCCCAGCACGCCCAGCGUCUCCGUAACGCCCCAGAUCAACCUGCAGGAACUUCCGGUCUCGCUGCCCUUACCGCCACCACCGCCGCCACCACCGCAGGGACAGCAGAGCUCGCAUCCCCUGUCGACUCACCACGUGCCCGGCCACGUGACUUCCGGUCCGCACGCGCCCGUCAACCACCUGGGCGGCCACGGCCAACAGCUCAGCGUGCAGCAGCAGCAGCAACAGCAGCAACAGCAACAGCAGCAGCAGCAGCAGCAACAGCAUCAUCAGCAGGGCGCUGGCAAUCAGUCCGGCGAUGACCUCGAGAUCAAGCCCGGCAUCGCGGAGAUGAUUAGGGAGGAGGAAAGGGCCAAGUUGUUGGAGUCGUCCCACGCUUGGCUCGGCGCCUCCACCUCCAGUAUAGCAGCUGACUAUACGAACCUGCUGAAGCUGAAGGCGCCCACGUGGACGCGGCACGAUCUCCAGGAGGCGAUCGAGGCCGUAGUGACUCAGAAGAUGCGCUUCACCCAGGCGUCCACCAAGUACGGGAUCCCGAAGGGUACCCUCUACGACAACAUCCUCGGCAAGUCCAAGAGAAUGAUGAUCCUCGAGGAGACCGCACUCGAUCCGGGCGAGGAGACGGCGGUCCUCGAGUUCUGCUGCGACAUCAGCGUCAGCCCGUACAAUCGGCGGACGAAAAAGUCCCUGAAUGCGAUACUGAACUUCGUCGAGCGCCUCAGGCGGAAGCACGAUCCCGGCUUCAUGUUCACCGGGCUGUCGGGCUUCCGCUGGUGGUGGGCCUUUUGCAAGAAGCACUCGAUAGUCUCGCUCUACGUCAACGACGAGAACGAGAACGGUGCCGAUUCCUCUUAACGUCGCCGGUCACGGUCGUCACCGAGUCGUUUACCGUGGAGCUUUUCGUGACUGCGAAGAGAGAGAGAGAGAGAGAGAGAGAGAGAGAGAGAGACGAUUUUAAUUUUAAGGAGCGUGUCGAAUUACGUACGUAAAUCGGUGGAUUCCCGCGCGGCGCACAUUCGUGCACCGAUCCUUUUCUCUUAACGCUUCCUCUCUAAAAUUUCGUGGAGGGGAAGUUCUAUCGGUACAACUUUUCGAGUGGUUUGCCUCUAAUAACAGUUAAAGUUUCGCUCUAUAGAGUUGCAAACCACUCGAAAAUUAUACCGGCAGUAUUAUCACUUCUUUGGAGUGAGAGGUUUCGCUCUAUGAAAUUUAAAGAAUUAUAGAUGUAGCAUUCGACUUUUCACUCACAAUUAUAGUGAAAUUCAAUUACGUACUCUUCACUCUUUAAAGCCAGCCAGAUGCUUGUUUUCGUACUGGAUUGCUCGCUGGAGGGAAAUACUCUGUUCUGAUUGGGUGCGUUUUUCGAAGAUGAAUGAAAACCAAUCAAAUCAGGAUAUUUCCAUUUCAGCAAGCAAUCUUGUAAACGAAAACUAGCAUCCUGUGCCGCUGGCUCCAAUCUCGUAGAGUAAAACUCUAGAAUGGUGAAAAUUGGGCUUGUACUUAUAUAGUGAUUUGCCACUCUUGCAGGACCGAAUAAGAUUCCUCUCUGACUCUUAUUAGGGUAGCAAUUUAUACUUGACGAAGUUUAAAGAGUAAAUUUUACAGUCGCUCAAAAAUUGUCAAAUUUUCACCGUGUAGGAGUAAAUUUUGACUCUAUAGGAGUGAAUAUCGCUACUCUUAUUAGAGUAACAAAUUAUUUGAAAAGUUGCACAAGCCCAAUUUUCACUCUACAAAAGUGAAUUCUGGCAAGAAAAUUGUACUCAAUUUUUAGAGUGACGUUUUCUCCACGAGAUUUAGAAAAACGAAGAAAAUCUGCUCCGUUUCUUUAUUUGAUCCGAAGAGGACGGUGAACACCUUUGAAUACUCGAUCUUUUCGACGGACGUUGAUUCUUGUUAAGUAGAAUUGCGCGAAAGUGUAAUCCGAAGAGUGAGAUUCCAUCGCGUCUCUGUCUCCCGCGACUGCGAGAAUAACGGCAAAUCCCUUUGCCUCGCGGGCAAGAAUAAAGAAAAAUGUGGAAAAUUUAACGUCUUCCUCUUUUUCUCGGCCGGGACAACGAGUUCAUUCAGGCGGCAUUAAGGCAAGAGGGAAAUACGGUAAAGUCACGGAUUCUCGAACGGCGUGCCGUCGGGCGCGACGCAAUCUUUACUCGCCUUCCUGAUACGCGAUGUACUCGCAUUCUCGGACCGUAAAAAAAUAAAUGGUUAAAAAUGGUGACCGGCGCGUUCUAGGAGAAGGCAACGUCGCGUUCAAGCACAGCGCAUCUCGAAAGAUCAUCUGACCAUUCAUAGAGCUUCAAUUACAAAAACAUUGGAAAAAAAAGGAAUUUAGUAAUAAUAAUGAUGCUUUUUGAUGAAAUAAUUGCAGUUGAAUGUGCGUAACUAUUAGUAACAUUUAGUAAUUACAUUAAUGGUAACUAAAUCUAAUAAUAGUAAUUAAACUGUUACUAAACGAUUACUAAACACAGGACCACAAAUUCUUUCGGGAGUUUAUCCGAACCAGAUUAGGUAUUUCUUAUAGAUUUUAGGUCACUGAAACCGAAUACGAACCCCAUCACACGUCAGGGUUUUUAUUUAUUUGAGAAAAAAAAAGACCAAAAUCUGGGGUAAAAUAUUAAGUAGCAGGUCGCAAUCGCCUGAAUGGGUUAUCGGGUUUGUGGGUCCAGGGUUUAUGGGUUCACAAGUUCAUGGGUAAACGAGCAGUGCUUCAGGCGACCUGUUGUUUUAUCCUUGAUUUGGGUGUUUUUUUCUCGAAUAAAUAAAAAACCUGACGUAAACGGGUUGGACGGGCUCUGGAUCCUCCCCCCCCCCCGGUUUCAACGAUUUAAAUCCAUGAGAAAUAUCUGGUCUGGUCCUAGCAAACUUUCCUAAAAACUUUGCCUUAUGAAACGGUUACCAACCGUUACUAAAAUUCAUUAUAUAAACUGAAUCUUUAAUGGAAAUUGUUUCACCAAAGCUUAUUCUGCCCGUCGUCACCUAGGCUCGAUUACCGAAUUCUUUUUUUUUUUCAAUUGCUCAAGUGAAAAACGAGCCACUCGAAACGUCUUCCGGACACAUUUCGACACGUACGCGCGUAAUCGCUGAUCCUUCUCCGUCUUUUUCCCCCCCCGCUUUUCGAUCGAGCACUUGUAUGAUUCCUCCGGAGCAUGCGCGCGCGGUGCCGACAAUCGACGCGCAAUCCGUAGACUUCAACGCGGAAAAUCGCUGCACAAGCAAGGUCGCAGGAAGAAUUUGCCUGCUAAUUGAAAAUCGAACGGCCCCGCGCGCGGCGUUUGCGUCGUGUGGCGUUUGCUCGAGCAGCCGCCGCGCGAAAUGAUAACGCGGUAAAAUCGACGUGGGGGGGGAAGGGGGAGGGGGGAACGGAGGGAGACUUUAAUCGGCAAAAAAUGUCUACGUUCGAUUAAAUUUAAUAUCCAUCGGAAUCGAUUGCAUCAACGGCGAUUAGCGCGGUUAUUCCCACGCGACAAUAUUCCCCCGAUCCCUUUUUCCCUCUCCGGUUCUCCGACGCUUCUGAAGUAAUAGAAUUUCCAUGACAUGUUAUACAAUAAGAGAACUCCCGUUAAUUUAUUUGCGGAUAACAACUCGAUUCGCAUUGAGAAACGCACGCGGGAAAUAUUUGUGGUAUAAAGUGGGAGAGGAAGUGGCGGAAAUGCGCAUUCGAGAUAUUGAGCUUUUGUGAAGAAAGCUGCGCGAUUCGUGAUCUCAAAACGAUUGCGUUUCUUCUUUUACGUUUGUUCAAUCUUUUUUUUUUUUUAUUAUUAAUCGUUCGUAAAAGUCGCAACGAGAGAGAAGUGCGAUGUCGGUACCGUCAACGGAGAAGGAAAGAGCGGUAUGUUUUCGGACGCGUCGGACGUUUCGAGGAGCUCGCUAUCGCGCAUUCUUGCGAAUCAUACUCGUGAAUGAUUUAGCGUGUAAUGAGGUCAGUGCCUUUUCCCACUCAUCUCUCCGUCUUCCACGUAAUUUAAUCGACGAGCGCGCGAAGAGAGAUGUGUGUACACUCAUCUCGCACACACACACAUCCCGCACACUCUUUGUACAGUAUAUGUAUACACUUUUUCGACAGUCGUACGUCUCGAAUCGAUGGGACCAAUUUGUCAACGGGUUCGUUAACCGAAUACGCUCAUUGUUGACAAUUAUAUAUUUUCCUAACAGGUUUUCUACGCCUGGCGAGGCGAAGGUGUUUAAGUUAUUAGCGUUGCCAUGUUACCCGCGUCUGCCUUUCCGUCGCCGGCAAUAAUUGCGAGACAUAAUUAAUUUGUAGCGUGUCAAGAUCCCGACAAAGAGAAAGGCGUUCACCGUAAGAAAGUGUACGUACGCGUGUCUCUGCUAACAUUCCAAAUAUGUCUAAUGGAUAAUCGCGCUUAUGAAACGGGCACGCGUAUCCAUUCCUCGUUAGGAAAACAAAAAGAGCGAGGAGCAUUGUUAGAGGAGGUUGAGGAACAUUAGAAAGACGAUUUAUGAACGUGAGGAACAAAUGGAUGAGGGAAGUAUGUCGCCUAUUUACAUACGAGAGCACCGAUUUAGUAUAGUGCGAUAAAUAUUCAAUAAUUGACAAGCAAAAAUGUUUUAUAGUGCGUAUGCGCGCGCGCGAGCGCAAUAUUAUUACAUCGGAACAAGUCGUGCGGGCAUUUGCCGGUUAUUUGUUAUAACGGCAAUAUAAAUAGUGCGGACGUAACGCGCAAGGGAAACAGCCUCGCGGAUAAACGAGUAUUCGAAAGUAGAGCAAAGCGGCGGACCGUAUAAAAGAGAGCUACAUCUAAAUAUAUAUCGGCUCUAUGAAUUCGCCUCGCGGCACGCGACUCGAGUGUUAGAUCGCGAUAAAACACGGGGAGAUCGUUAUUCCGGCUUGGCUGAUAUUAAAAAAAAAAAAAAGCCGCUGGUAAAAAUAAACGCGCGGUGACGUCGCGUGUUUCACAAAUACGCAUAAUCCGCUCGCGAUUAAAGCGAAAUCGAAUUACCCUGACUGGGAAAUGGGGUGAAACUUUGCAGGGAUCUUACACGGUUAAUUCUGUCAGUGGCAGAUUUUUUUCAAUGUUUCCGCUAUGCAUUGAGGAAAAAAAGUUGCUAAUUUGAGUAAAUUUGUUAACUUGAUUAAAUUUAUGAAUAUUUGAACUAGAAAUAAAUUUAAAAUCGUAGAUGGCAUAAUCAUAGAAAUGAAAGAAGAGUUUGCCAAUAAUGGUCAAGACUAAAUAAUAAUUACUAAAGGUCAAGUUUCAAUUAAAUAUUCAGAUAGUCCAACCAAAUAUUUAGUAACCAUUGUUAUUAUUAGAUUCGGUUGCUGUUAAUAUAAUUGCUAAACAUUUAAUUGUAUUAAUUAAACAUUGAACUGAAAUUAUUUUACCAAAUCUCGCUUAUCACUACCGAAUUCUCCUUUUUUCUCAGUGUGUAAAAAUGUUAAUGCAAACUGUCGCACACAUAAUUAUAUUGAUUCAACAUUACCAAUUCAGUAUCACACUGAUGUUGUUAAUUUGACAAAAUUUUUCAACUUGAUUAAAUUUCUUCCAUUCAAGUAUUUAUGCAUUUAACUUAAAUACAUAAAAUACUUGAAUUUAACUAUUUAAAUAUGUAUUUGACUGAAAUGCAUAAAUAGUUGAAUUGAAGGAACUUAAUCAAGUUGAAAAAUUUAGUCAAAUUAACCUCGUUUUUUUUCUCGGUGUACUCAUCAUGUUUAGAUCCCCGUUAUAUGCAGGGCAUAUAUCUUCCUCGUGCGUUUAGCUCUCCGUUUGCGCAAAAAUCUCAUUUCGCGACGCAUAAUACUUGACAGCGCGACGACGAGGAAUGGAUAUUAGAUUACCUCCGCCACCGGAGCGUGUCGCACGGACAGACGGCGACGGCGGCACGAUACUCUUUUAUCGGCGUAUUCGCGUUUCGCGGCCGCGGGGGAGGAGGGGGAGGGACGACUCAAUUACGCGCGCGCGCGCGCGCGCGCGGGGCGCGAGAACAGGAUGGACGGACGUUAACAGGGUCGGUCUACGCUUUAGACUUUUUGCUGCAAUUAUUGACUGCGACUGACGUGUGCGCGUCGCCGGGCAAUAAGCGACUAAUAUCCAGCAAUUAUCGGUCAACACGCUGCAAUUAAUGUCGAGAGCCGUCCGCGCGACAUUAGGGGAGGAGAAAAAGAAACGCGCCGCUAAUUUCCUCCCCCUCGGUGCCGCGCGACAAGGAUGACUCGACAGUCAGAUUUGCAAAACUCGCUGGGAAGAGUUCAGUCCAGGGUGUUUACCGUCGGCUAUAUCUGGAACAUUCGGGGAAUUCCCAGAUAGCGCAGAGAGUUCAAAAAGAACCCAAUUGUAUGUCACCAAUUACGUCACCAGUUAUGAAUUCCUUUUGAGAUGCAAAAAGAAUUAUUUUUAUAAAAGUAAUUCUUUUUGCACCUCAAAAAGAAUUGAUAAUUGGCGACAUACAAUUGAGUUCUUUUUGAAUCUCUGUGCUAUCUGGUGUUUUCAUUUCUUUUUCACUCCAGGAAAUCAUGAAUUUUUUUCUAGGGGAAUUUCAUUGACACAUUCAAGCAGUUGUUUUUAAAUUUAAAUUUCGUCUGUAUUUUUUUCUGAUAGAACUGCUUCCGCGGAUUAUUUUUUCUUCAUAAGUGCGAAAUGUAGACGAUCGAUCAGCGAUAAAUGUGGCAUAUCUCGUUCGCUUACAUUCUCGUGUGACUGGUAAGUUUUUAUUAUUAAAAAAAAAAAAAAAAAAACUACAGCAGAAGGCAAUGCUGUUUUAUAAUACAAGACGCGCGUUGUAUUUUAUCACCUUUCGAAUUCUGUACUUCCGGCGAACUAGAUUCACGUGUCGCAGACAGAUCGUUAUAUGCGGUUCAUAUUUUUUAAAAAUACUUCCUCAAAUUUAAUAUUCUUAUUACUUAAACCGGCUCUUUUUCGUGAUCGCAUAAUUCGAGAAUGUAGGGAGCGCAAAAUAAGAAAAUAAAUUCAUUUCAUAACUGCAAUAAAUAAUGCUUCAGUCCUACCUGGAAUUUUCAAUAAAAUUCUCUUGAAGCUUUUUACUUUAUUACAAAAUUCGGGUAAACAUCCUGAUUCCGCCACGGGCCCUCGAUCGAGGUCCGUUGGGGCCCGGCAGACGUCGUCUCCUCUAACGUGGCGCACUUCUCGCGUCACAUUAUCGUCGAUCGUCGCCCUCCUCCCCCCCCAGAGGGGGGGGAGGAGGGAGCGGCGACUUCGUCGCAGUCCGCGUAUUUACGAGCGGCGCGUUAAUUGAAUCCCGGCGAGAACGAUGUAAUAUUAUACCGGUGUUAUCGCGCGUCCGCUAAAAGUGCGACACGCCGAGGUGCGCCUGGGAACGCGCGAGUGGAACGGGGGUGGAGCGCGCGGGUGAGGCGAGAAAAUUAAGUGUGAAUGAGCGGUAUUAAAAUAGGCGUGCGCGACACCUCUCCCCCUCCCCCUCUGAUAAAGUAUCGAGGGUAAAGCGAGGGCGAUAUCUCGCGGCACGGCGGCCGUAAACCCGGCCGCGUUACGAUACGCGAGGAUAAUCGCGUCGCGCGGAUCCAGGAGCGUGAUCCUCGGUAGCGAGGACGAUCUCCUCCCCGCCCGUUCAGGCGCGCUGAUAAGAGACGGCUGGAAAUCGCGAAGGGACCGUUGCGCCGCAAGAGCCGAAAGCGUUUCGCAAGAGGAAAGCCCGUUCACGACUCCGUCCUGGAGUGCUACUGUGCUGUAUACGUAAAUUGUUGAAUGUUAAUUCAGGUUUGGUACGGUUUUCGUUAUUGAAGUUUCGACAGCUUAAAAUAACGUCGAAUAAGAUUUUGCUUGCGUUGAGAUAGUUUUGUUACGUUUUGAUAGUUCGCAAUCUGUGGGGUGAAAUAAAAUGUGUUAAUUUUGUCGGUGUGUAUUCACCCGGAGCAGUUAAUGUUUAUAGAAAAAUAUGCGUAGCACUGUUGGGAUUCAUACUGCGUAAGUAGAAAACGAGAUGCUGAACAACGAGAGGAAAUUGUACUUAGUGCCUUUUUUUAGAUGAAAGAUAUUAUAGAUAAAAUCAAGGGGGGUAUUUCAGUCUACGGUGCGAAAAAGUGUGCCUAUUUUUGUAACAUUUAGUCGUAUCGAAAUUUGUAGAUAUCUGUUAAAUGCGUAGUGGACGUGUAAAAGCGAUAGGAGAACACGUGCAGCAGUUUUCUAUUUAAAAAAAAAAAAAAAAAAAAAAAAUUUCCAAAAAUAAGGAAAUCUGUUGCGCUCUGGACUAAAAUAUCCCCUUCGCGCGAUGACGGAGUUUUCGAGAUCCGCAUUCUCGUCUCCCGAUCCUUGAUCUGUAGUCCGCCUGAUAUUGUCACUCGAAUUCAGCGUCACGCACGUCAAUAGCAUAACGUAACGCGGGUCCAAGGCCCGUUUGCACCGGAUUCGGAUUCAACAUCGAUCUAACUCGCACUUCCCGUCUCUUUCCAGUUCCAAGAAUGAGAGGAAGCGCGCGCGGAAGGCAAUUCAGCCUCGGAAAUUAAUUUACGUCGGUGCAAACGGGCCUAAAAAUAGGCCUCGACCGGCCGCGCGUGCGUGUUUUCCCGACGAAUUGUAUUAAUCGUCAAAUUGAUCAGGGGGCUUAAUUAGAGCCAAUAACUGAACGAUCAAAUAAUUGUUGCGAAUUGAGGCCGGCCAUACGUGCCAUACGCGAGUGGCGGAAGUAACCGAACGCGAACGCUUCACCGGCGCUCUUUUCCCAACGUCAUCGCAAGCCUCCCCGGUCCCCUUCGAUCGAGAUCUUCUCAUUCGAUCAUAAAUUUCCCAUCCGCACGCGGCGGACGCUGAAAAAAAUACUCCGCCACGUAAGGGAGACUCUUGUAAACGCGUUGUAUAAGUUGUGGGGCGUGUGAUAUAUCGGCGGCGCGCGCUAAGCGACUCUUUGUUGCGAGGCAUAUCCCCCGAUAUUACGGUAAAGCAAUUACGAAUGAAUUAGCGACCGUUGGCCUGCAAUGUUGUUUCCCGUUUAGGGGUUGUAAGGAUAAUCGCCGGACGCGAGAUGUUAAUUCGUCGCGUUCGAUUUUUAAUUCAAUUUCGCUCGGUCGACGAAACAAGGAGCAAUAAGGAGUUCAGGUUAGUCCUAGGGGUGAACGAAUGUUCCUGUAACCGGCAGGAUGUGCGCCUUCAAACGCGGCUCCGCGGGCCGUCCUGUUGCGCGAGGUGCGUUCUUAGUGAUGCGCGUCCCGGAUAAUACCUCGGUUCCGUGGCGCGCUACCAAGGUACAUUCCGUAUAUUUUCGUAGAAACUUCCCCCUUCUUCUUCCGCGACACAAUAAUCACUUGUUCGGCGUUUAGCGUUUAAGUAAGGGAAGAUUCUUUCUUUUUUUUUUUUCCUUAGUGUUAAGUAGCAUUUAACGUGACGUUAACCGCGACGCGCCCGUUCCGUCUAACGACGACUCUGUAAAUGGCUCUGUAACGAUUGUAAGGGCGAACGGCGAUACAAUCGAAUAUAUUUAGGUUUCACCUGGAAAAGACGUGAAUCCCUUAGAUUUACUUCGCCGCAACCUACUUCCGCCUUACGUGCACACACAUACACAAACACACCUGUCUUUCUUAAGCGCCGUUUUCUAGGUGACUCCGCCCACGUUCAAGGUAUAAACGGCAAAUGCACCUGCGUGCAUCGAGACGAGCGAGUAUCGAUUUAGCGUGAAAAUUGCACAUUGCGGAAUCAUUAACGCGACAACGAUUCGCCCUCUCUCGCCCCGUUUUCGAUCUCAGUAGAUCCCGAAUCGCAUCGUGAAUCGAGGGCUGUUGCCCGUCAAUGAGCGCGCGUUAGACGAGAGCGUGAUGGACGAUUGAUUAAUAAAAAAAUCAUGCAAUAA